AUGAGUGUCGUCGGCAUAGAUUUUGGUGCUCAGAGCACAAAGAUUGGAGUUGCACGGAACAAAGGCAUAGACAUCAUCACAAAUGAGGUCUCGAACCGGGCUACACCGUCUCUAGUCGGCUUCGGCCCAAAGAGCAGAUACCUAGGCGAGGCAGCCAAAACCCAGGAAAUCUCAAACCUCAAGAACACCAUCACCUCGCUCAAGCGCCUCGCCGGCCGUACCAUCGAUGAUCCCGACAUCGCCAUUGAACAACAGUACAUUACGGCUCCGCUGGUAGACAUUAAUGGCCAGGUUGGAGCGGAAGUGACCUACCGAGGAGAGAAGAAGCAGUUUACUGCCGUACAGCUGAUUGCCAUGUACCUGGGAAAGAUCAGAGAUACCGCCAGUCGAGAGUUGAAGCUUCCCGUCUCGGACGUCGUCCUCAGCACCCCACCGUGGUUCACGGACGCCCAGAGAAGAGCGUUGCUGGACGCGGCCUCAAUUGCGGGAUUAAAAACCCUACGACUUAUCAAUGAUAACACCGCGACUGCCCUGGGUUACGGCAUCACCAAAUCAGACCUGCCCGAAGGCGACGCAAAGCCCCGCCGAGUGUGCUUCGUGGACAUUGGCUACAGUGACUACACCUGCUCCAUUGUGGAAUUCCGCAAGGGCGAACUGGCCGUCAAAGCCACCACCUUCGACCGACACUUCGGUGGCCGCAACAUCGACAAGGCCCUCGUCGACCAUUUCGCCGCCGAGUUCAAGGAGAAGUUCAAGGUGGACAUCACGACCAACGCCAAGGCGAACACCCGUGUCGCUACGGCGGCCGAGAAGCUCAAAAAGAUUCUCUCGGCCAACGCUCAGGCUCCUAUCAGCAUCGAAUCUUUGAUGGAUGACAAGGAUGUCCGAGGCGUGUUGAAGCGUGACGAACUCGAGCAACUGAUCCAGCCUCUGCUCGACCGAGUCACCGUACCUCUGGAACAGGCUCUCGCCGACGCCAAACUUAAAGUCGAGGAUAUCGAUGCCAUUGAAAUGGUCGGCGGCAGCACCCGUGUUCCGUCUAUCAAGGAGAGAAUCUCCAAGUUCUUUGGCAAGCCGCUAUCGUUCACCCUCAACCAAGACGAAGCCAUCGCUCGUGGCUGUACCUUCAGUUGCGCCAUUCUUUCCCCGGUGUUCCGAGUUCGAGACUUUUCCGUCCACGACAUCGUCACUUACCCGAUCGAAUUCACUUGGGAACAGUCUCCCGACAUCCCGGAUGAGGACACCAACUUGACUGUCUUCAAUAGGGGCAACGUCAUGCCGUCUACCAAGAUCCUUACAUUCUACCGCAAACAACCCUUCGACCUCGAAGCCCGAUACGCUAAGCCAGAACAGCUCCCCGGCAAGGUCAAUCCAUGGAUCGGACGUUUCUCGGUCAAGGGAGUCAAGGCCGAUGAAAAGGAUGAUUUCAUGAUCUGCAAGCUUAAGGCGCGGCUGAACCUUCAUGGUGUCCUCAACGUUGAGAGCGGUUACUAUGUCGAGGAUGUCGAGGUUGAGGAGCCCGAACCGGAGAAACCCAAGGAGGGUGACGCCAUGGAGACCGACCAAGCCAAUGGUUCCGCCGAAAGCAAGCCCAAGCUGCGCAAGGUCAAGAAGCAGGUGCGCAAGGGAGACUUGCAAUUGGUUUCCGGAACAUCUUCCCUGGACGAAGCAGCCAAAGCUGCUGCCGGCGAACUUGAGAAUGCCAUGUACAUGGAGGACAAGCUGGUGACCGACACUGAGGACAAGAAGAACGAGCUGGAAUCGUACAUCUACGAACUCCGUGGCAAGAUUGACGACGUCUACUCGGAGUUUGCCAGCCAGGAGGAGAAAGACAAAAUCCGGGAUACUCUGGAGAAGGCCGAGGAUUGGCUGUACGACGACGGAGAAGAUGCCACCAAGGCACAAUACAUCGCCAAGAUGGACGAGAUCCGGUUCGUUGCCGGUCCUGUUGUCCAGCGAUACAACGACAAGAUCGAGGCCGAACGUCAAGCAAUCCUCAAGGCGCAGGAGGAAGAAGCCGCCAGAAAGAGAGCCGAACUCGAGGCCAAGAAGAAGGCUGAGGAAGAGGCCAAGAAGCCCGCCCAGCCAGCUGCAGAGGAUACAGAAAUGAAGGAUGCCGAUGGCGACGCUGUCAAGCCCGACGCCGUGGAGGAGAAGUAG